GCGGAAAACAAGAAUUAAAAAGACAUAUUGAUGAAAUUGCCAAUAAAAUUACCGAUAAAAUUAAUUACAAAGUGGACGAGCUGAAUCGUGAAUUGAAGAGGGUACGUUUUGCUGCGGAUGCAUGGUACAGUUCUAUAGGUACUUUUACAAAAGCCGAAAAGGGUAAAUUUGUGCAAGAAAAAGGUGUUGAAAUUCCGUUUCAGCUUAAUCUGACCAAAAGUUUCAAAGCAAAGUCACCUGGAAAGUUUUUACAACCGCCUAAUAUGGACAAGAACGCAAAUCCAAAAGAAGAAAAGGUACAAGAUUACUUUAUGGAUGAAUGCAAGGCGUUAGAAAAUUUUGAAAACAUACAAAACAAACUUAUUGUCAGAGACACACGUUUUUCACCAUUGCUGGAUACUCGAAAACCAGAUUUUGUAUUCAUUCCGAACGAUUUUCCUUUGGAUCCGUUAAGUGUUGUAGCCGUUGGUGAGAUCAAGAAGCGA